CAUAUAUUUGGUUUUAAAGCGCGUUAAUUAUUAAUGAUAUAGUCAAAUUAAUCUUGUUCUGCCUUGGUCUAACUGUCUCAUUAUUAUAUAACUCGAAUCGAGAAGACUAGCUAACCCAAAAGGCAGAGUAAUAGUUUUAGUCCUUCAAAGUCAGACAGAACCAAAGUAGAUAGCUCUAGUUUACACAUAAAUACAGAUAUAUGUACUGCUAUAAUAAUAAAACAAGCCACAUUAUUGGAUGAACACAAACAUUGUAGUCUUUGUUCUGAGAAGAAGUGAAUCAUGGGCAGAUUAAGUCGUGUGUUCCUUGUAUUCUUCCUUGAUAUCUAUGUGGUCCUACUAAUACUCAUCACACCACCUGUUUGUGGGAGUAAUACUAUUACUGGAUCGCCCUCGAAGAAACACGGCGUUGCUUUCUUCAUCUUUGGAGAUUCUUUCUUGGACGCCGGUAACAACAACUACAUCAACACCACAACUCUAGACCAAGCAAACUUCUGGCCUUAUGGAGAGACUUACUUCAAGUUCCCCACCGGAAGAUUCUCCGAUGGCCGGUUGAUAUCGGAUUUUAUUGCUGAAUAUGCUAACCUACCACUCAUUCCACCUUUUCUACAACCGGGGUUUCGCCAUUAUUAUGAUGGGGUUAACUUUGCUUCUUCAGGAGCUGGUGCUCUGGUUGAAACAUUUCAAGGAUCGGUGAUCGAUCUGAAAACUCAACUAAGGUACUAUAAGGAGGUAGAGGCUUGGUUGAGAAAGAAGUUAGGCAAUGUUGGAACAGAAGUGACGUUGUCUAAAGCUGUCUACUUGGUUAGCAUUGGCAGCAAUGAUUAUUUGAGCCUUUCCUUAACCAAUUCCACCAUCCUAAAUUCCUACUCCCAAUCACAAUACAUUGAGAUGGUCAUUGGCAACUUGACAGCUGUCAUCAAAGAUAUAUAUGGCAUUGGAGGUAGGAAAUUUGGGUUUAUAAACUUGCCAGAAUUGGGUUGCAUGCCGGGCAUGAGAAUAAUUAAACAAGAGACCAAGGGUAAGUGCUUAGAAGAAGCUUCGUCUUUAGCAAACUUACAUAACAAAGCUCUUUCAAAGCUUCUCAAAAAACUAUCAAAGCAGUUUAAGGGCUUCAAAUAUUCACUCUAUGACUUGAACACCAAUCUCAGAAGGAGAAUCAUUCACCCAUCCCACUAUGGGUUCAAGGAUGGGAAAAGAGCUUGCUGUGGAACAGGGGAAUUUAGAGGAGUGUUUAGUUGUGGAGGAAAAAGAAUUGUGAAGGAGUACCAACUCUGUGAGAAUCCCAAUCACCACGUCUUUUGGGACUCUUACCAUCUCACUGAAAUUGCUUACAAACAAUUUGCUGAUGAAAUGUGGACAGGCCCCCACACUGUAGUUGGGCCUUAUACUAUGAAGGAUCUCUUUCUGGCCCAUUAAACAAUAUGUCUUCUACUAAAUGUUAUUAUUCUAAAAUCUAAUUUACAAUAUCAAAAGUAUAAAAUAAAGACAAAGCUCGUUUCUUCCAAAAAAAAAGAAAAAAGGAAAAACAAACACUAUUGCGUAUAGUAGUGAAAAACUUACUAAAAUUUUCCCAUUUUUGAUAUUAAACAAUCAAUCCCAUCAGCAAUUUAAUACCUCGUUGUGGAAUAAUGAUGGAGAAACUAGAGGAAAUAUGU